CUUGGCGGCGCCAUGAAGCUGCGCGGCCUCUCCGCACCCACUGUGACCCUCCUCCUCCUCCUCUGCCUGCACACGGCGCGGCCCGUGUGGCAGAGGCGGCAGCAGGCUUUAAAACUUGGAUAUUGCCCAGAGUUUUUACUUGAGUGCCCUUUCACCCUCUUACCUCUGUGCAAGCUCGAUCGGCGUUGCCCCGGGACGAAGAAGUGUUGCUUCUACAACUGCAGGAAGCAGUGUAUGGAGCCCUUGCUGGUGAGGUAGAAACCCCUUCUUCACCAGACCUGAGAAGACCCAUGGGACAAGCUGAGACUCGGAUAACUGACCCCCAGUUCCUCUACGCUCUUCUCACUCCCCAAACUUUCUUUCAUCAAGAGUUAAAUGCUUAUUAAAAUGAGAACAACAGAAAGAAAUAAAGUGUUAGAUAUUUAAAACUACA